AUGUCGCUGGCCGAAAAACCGGUCCACGCAAGCCUGCCAGCUUGGCCAGCUUGCCGCUAUGGCCGAAAGAAGAGAGAGCCGGUUCGUUUCUACAGCUCUCGCGCGAGCGAGACUCUUGGGGAGCUAAGCGUGGCAGAGGUGCAGGCAGUGUCCUCCUGGUUCAUGGCGAAGACAAGUGCUGCAGGUGCUCGCUCUGAGCCAUCCGUGGAGAAGUGGCUGGCGGGGCCCUCAGCAGUUGAGCUUCUGCGGCCACCGAAGAAAGCAACCUUGGCUUACUUGGACGGAAAGGGACCGAAGCCGGCUCGAUUUGCCCGUGUCACCAUGGCAACAAAGACUGCCGUGCUGGAGUACAAGGUGGGGCCUCUGGGGCCUGCUGCAUCGCUCGACGGUGCCACCAUUGAGGAGCUCGUGCCAGCUGGAAGCAUCCCGUAUUCAAAAAGGCCCGGAUUUGAAGAGACCAAUUUCGUCGAAUCCUUGUACAACAAGACGAUCGAGGAGAUGGGAAAGCACAUGGAGAUGAGCAGCUUGCUCAUUGAGGCCUUCGGCAAGAUCUUUCCGCACUUAGGAGGCUUCUCCCCAGAACAUGGCACUGCAUUGUACCUGCCCCGCAACGAUCCGCUGGCUCCUUUCGGAACCCGAAGAGUCCGCAUCAAGAGCACUUGGCAGCCUCCACUGCCAUCCCGUCCUGAUGCUAACUGGUUAUAUCCCAUUCCGUUUGACUUCGAGGUCAACAUCACUUCCUGGAAUGUUUCUGAGUGGUAUGUCAGCCACAUAACCUUCUGUGGACAAGGUCCCUGGAAUUCCACCGCUGAAGUGGUCGCAGCUCAUGCAAAAGGCCAGCUCAAGCUUUGCAAGCCAAACUUCUCGAGUGCAGGAGGAUGGGACACACCGCAGCAGGAAUCCCCCAGGUCAGGUGCGCCACGCCGCGAAAGUGGCGACUCGGGUGUGGCAUGGGGACCUUGGUCCUUCUCUGUAACACAGCGCCCCUCCACUGGCGUUGCGAUUACUGAUAUAAAGUUUCGUGGUGAGAGGAUCGCGUACGAGCUGGCUUUGAUGGAUUCACAAGCGAUCUACGGGGGUAGGGUAAGGGAUCAGUUCAUGUACUCCGACAGUGCUUAUACGAUGUCGCAAUGGAGUACCUCCCUUGAACCAGGAGUAGACUGCCCUGAGGAUGCCACCUACCUUUCUGCAGCUAACUGGAUGGGACCCGUCCUGUCCAGAAACCCAGAUCCAAGUAAGGCCAACGCAUUCUGGCCAAUUUGCAUCUUCCAUUGGGAUGAGGACCACGAGAUCUGGAGACACAUGGAUGCGGGAUAUACUCGUGGCUAUGUCCGGAAAACAAUCCUUGUCCGCUCCAUUGCUACCGUUGGCAACUACGACUACAUUCUAGAUGUGAAGUUCCGCGAGGAUGGCGAAAUCAAUGUCGAGAGCCGUUUUGCAGGAUACCCUGAAACUCGCUACACCGGUGUAGGUGAAGAGAGAUUCUCUACGAUCGUUCGCCCAGGUGUCGCCGGUAUCGUCCACACGCACAGUGUUGCAUGGAAAGUGGAUCUGGAAAUUGCGGGCAGCAAAAAUGCCUUGCAUGUCACUGAAGUCCGGGAGCAUGCUUCCUCCGGACUUGGAGUUGAUUGGAGAGCUGACCCCAACGAGGAGGUCUUUCCCACCAAGAUCCUGGAAGCACGAUACGUGGAGCGCGAGGGUGUCGGGCUUUCCACGUUCGCUGCUGACCCCAAGGUGCCUAAAGUGUGGGCUAUCGUCAACAGAAACUCCUCCUCCAGCGCAGCAGGAAGUGAGCUCAAUCCUCGUGGCUAUCGCGUGGAGCUGCUUUCCUUUUCCACCAGCCAGCUACACUCAGCUACCCACCCCUUCGUCAAAGCAAUGCCCUGGACGAAGUAUCACCUCGCCGUGACGCGGUAUCAGGACAAUGAGUACCGUCCGUCGUCGCCAUAUGUGAAUUUUGAUGGUUUGCAGCCAUGGAAUGAUAAGUACGCACAAGAUCUGGAUGUCUUUUUAGGCAACAACGAAUCCCUCCUUGACGAGGACCUGGUUGCUUGGAUCGGGUUGAACAAGGAGCACAUUGUUCGCCAAGAAGAUGUUCCACUUGUAUCCAACUUCGGCGUCGCGUUUUCCUUGCAGCCGUUCAACUUCUUCGAACUGAACACUGCUUCGAAUCCUCCUCACUCUGCUUGA